UUUCUAAAGUUGUGUGUAUUAAAAAAAAAUAUUAUCACAUUUUGUUCGCGUGUUCUUUUUCUGAUAUUUGUUAUAUAUUUGUGUAUUAAGUCAUCAAAUACGCGUGAUUUGAUUAUCAAUAAAAAAAUGUAGCCAUUCAGAUGUCUCAUGUCGAAUGUAACUCUUUUUUUAUUGCUAAUGCUGGCAAGUUGAAAUAAUAAAUUGAAAGGGUGCGUAUAAUACGGGAUCAAUAUUAUUUCCCCAUAUAUUUUGUUAUGGUAUGUUUUCAACGUAUAGAUACUGAAUAUAUUGUAAAUAAUUAAGAAUGCCGCCUGGAUAUUAUUUGUAAUACAAUCAUAUUGAGCCAAAAAUGAUAAAACAAUCUGUUGCACCCCGGAGUGUGCAUCCGUAUCAAACGACAGUGAUACCACGCAGUGAACAGCAAUUUGCGACUGCUUCACGACUUCGAGCCAAGUACCCGUGGGUAGAAGAUGUUAAUACGCCAGUAUAUCAAGCUUCCAGCACUGACGCAUCUACGCCUGACCAUCAAUAUCAUGUUCCUCAAUAUUACGCAAAGGAAACUGGACCACCAUCGCCUGUAUACCAUGCUCCUUAUGGCACUGGUACAUGGAGGGAUUACAGCAGGGGUGAAAAAGCGAUGCCCAACACAUACACCUUCCCGUCAUGUGCUUCUGCAUUUUCUUUGCCAUUAUGUGAUGUAGAGCCCAGUCAACGAAUGGAGCGUUUACAAGUACCAUCAGUGCAAUCAGUUAGCCCUGAGGUCCCAAUUAUUGGAGCAUGUGGCGGCCAUUGUCCUGGAUUUGAAUAUGUUUGCUAUUAUAUAUUACAGGUUAUCUUUGUGGUUGGCAUAUUAACUGGAAUCUCAUUAUGCAUAGCUGGAAUUGUAUUAAGAAAAACAAAUAGAAAUGGAGAUCUUGGGGUUUUGGUGUAUAUUGGUUGUCUUUCGUCUUGCGUUUGUGGAGUUUUGUUGGGGGUUCAAUGUUGUGUUCGCCGAGAAAUUAGACAGCGCAAGUUGAGAGCCAAUACUCACAUUCCCAUGCAACCAAUUCAGGAGGUUCCUGUGCCUGCCCACACGUUAUUACCGUCCACAUUACCUCGUAGUCAAAUAUAUAGGCCCACAACAACCAACUUGUCCCAAGAAGACGAAAUACUCGGAGUUCCCUGGUGGCGCCGUACUAACAGAGACUGAUUAAUUUUAAGUUAUACUAAUUUUGUAUGAUUAUUAUAAUAUUUUAUAUGAUAAU